UCCUCCAUCGAUCGCAUUCCACGUCACCAUCUUCUUCUCACACCCAACAGCCAUGUCUUCUCUCCAAUUCCUUCCACACCCCAUUUCACAUUCUUCAUCCUUCACACUCCUUCAUCGCUCUCCUUCCUUACAUCGCCAUGCCCUCAUCACCAAAUUGUGUUUUCAAAGCUUCGUUCAUUCUAAAACUGAAGUAUCUCAUGUUCCACUUUUGACUUCCUCCGAGGCCUCUGAAAGGUUGAAAACAUUUAGAGAAAGUGUAAAGGGAAAGCAACAAUAUCUUGCCAUGUAUUCUAGUAUUUUUGGUGGGAUAACAACAGACCCAUCUGCUAUGGUUAUUCCUAUGGAUGAUCACAUGGUCCACAGGGGCCAUGGUGUCUUUGAUACUGCAGCAAUAGUGGACGGAUACCUAUAUGAGCUAGAUCAACACCUUGAUCGGUUUUUAAGGUCAGCAUCCAUGUCUAAAAUAGACCCCCCUUUUGAUCAUGGAAGCAUAAGAAGAAUACUCAUACAAACUGUAAGUGCUUCCAAGUGUAGAAAAGGAUCACUAAGAUAUUGGCUCUCAGCAGGACCUGGUGAUUUUCAGUUAUCUCCCUCUGGCUGCCACCAGUCAAGUCUUUAUGCAAUAGUAAUACAGGAUCUGUCGCCUUCAGCAAGUAAUUUCAGGGGAGUUAAAGUUGUUACUUCAUCUGUCCCCAUUAAACAUCCUCAAUUUGCUGUCACUAAGAGUGUGAAUUAUCUUCAAAAUGUGCUCUCAAAGAUGGAAGCUGAAGAAGCUGGUGCUUUUGCAGGCAUUUGGCUUGAUAGUGAAGGUUUUGUUGCUGAAGGACCUAAUAUGAAUGUGGCUUUUGUCACUAAAGAGAAGGAACUUAUAAUGCCUCACUUUGACAAAAUUCUAAGCGGCUGCACAGCUAAGAGAAUUUUAACCCUUGCUGAGAGUUUGUUGAGAGAGGGAAAGCUUCAGGGGAUAAGGAUGAAAAAUGUGACCGUUGAGGAAGGUAAGAAAGCAGAUGAAAUGAUGCUACUUGGCAGUGGAGUUCUUGUUUGCCCUGUAGUGCAAUGGGAUGAGCAGGUUAUUGGGGAUGGCAAAGAAGGUCCUAUAACACAGGCUCUCUUAAAUCUACUUGUUGAGGACAUGAAGUCAGGCCCCUCUACUGUUCGUAUACACGUUCCUUAUUGACCCAACUUUAUUUCCUUCUCCACAUUUUAUGAUGAAGAUUCAUCAGUUGUUGUAAUACUCAAAGUCCCUUCUCCUGCAAACAU